CAGAAGUACUGUCUCAUUGGCAGCUGGGCAGAGAAGGAGGAGUAAUUAAAGAGAGAGGGAGAAAAAGUAACGGCAGAAGCAGACAGAUAUCAAAAAGACUCUCACCACACCAGAAAAAUGGGGACGGGUAACGACACUUCCACUGCACAGCAAACAGAUUGGACUGAGGUUAUCACUAAUGUGCGUAAGGCCUCCCUAGUCAUCUACUGCCUGAUAUUCAUACUGGGGACUGUGGGCAACGGGCUGGUCAUCUACGUGACCGGCUGCAGGAUGAAGAGAACCGUCAACUCCGUUUGGUUUCUCAACUUGGCCCUGGCUGACUUCCUCUUUACGGCCUUCCUGAUUUUCUCAAUCAUUUCCGCCUCUCAAGAUCACCAAUGGCACUUUGGACAAAUCAUGUGUAGGCUCAACAGCUUUGUGGUUGUAGUCAACAUGUUUGCCAGUAUCUUUCUUUUGACAGCCAUAAGUCUGGAUCGUUGCCUGUCAAUCUGGGUGGUGGUGUGGGCACAAAACAAGCGCACCGUUUGCAAAGCGCAGGUCAUAUGUGUAGUCAUCUGGAUAACUGCUGCGGCCUGCACCAUCCCUUAUGCAGCUUUUCGAGACAUUGGAAUCAGGGAUGGAAAGACUGUCUGUGGCUAUACCUCAUCCAUGACACUUGAAAAAGUUUGGACUCUUGGCAUUUUUCGCUUUGUUGUCGGCUUCCUCAUCCCAUUCCUGGUGAUAUUUGGCUCUUAUGUGGCCAUAGGUGUUCGUGCAGGGCGUCUGCAGAAAACAAGGAAAAAGAAACCUCGCCCAAUCAUUUUCUCCAUCGUUCUUGCAUUUUUCCUCUGCUGGUUGCCCUUCCAUGUUGUGCAUUUUAUAGAAUUAAAGUCCUACACUGACAGAAAUCUUGGUAGCAUCGUUGCGAUUUUAGGUCCUCCGUUUUUGAGUUUGGCUUUUUUUAACAGCUGCCUGAACCCCAUUCUCUAUGUUUUCAUGUGUGAUGAAUUCCAGAAGAAACUCAAGCAGUCUGUUUGCUUUGUCCUAGAGAGUGCCCUGGCUGAGGACCACAUGUCCUCUCGCUCCUUGUCCUCACACUUUUCUCGGGUUGCCCGGAAGUCUGACUCUACGGCACCUGAGGAUACGAAAGUCACAGCCACUUCCUACAACUUUACAGAAAGCAAACUGGUGAUCGCUGCCGAGACAGAGACAGCGAGCACUGAAUGAGGCCUCCACAGCCUCCUGAAACUUCCACAAAACAGUUGUCAUCACUGAGGAGAGUGACGCUGAGCACUGAUUAAAACCACAAAUACAAGCAAUGUAAAUUAAAUAAAUCAGGAUUAUUUUUAUAUAUAUAAAUAUAUAUAUAUAUAUUAUUUUAUUGUAAUCAAUCGUAGAGAAAGAAAACUGAAAAUGACAUGUUGAAUUGAUUCAGACAGUACAUCUCUACACAAUGGGACAGUUGAAAUAUUUGUUGUUUGUCUUAAAAGUGCAUGCAGUUUGAUGACAUCACAUAACUCUGAAUAUGUUCAAGGAAUAAUCAGCCAGAAUAAUUGUAAAAAUAAAUUUAAAAAAAACCUGUGUGAGUGUGCUGCCGCUUUAAGAUGUAGAUAUUAAGAUUGUUUGUAAACAUUUAAAGGAAAUUAUUUGUACAAUGAAUCUGUAACCUACAAGACAUCCUAUAUGGAAUUGUCUAUAAUUAAUGUUUAAGAGAACAGUUUAUGUUUAAGUUUGUAUUUUUUGUUGUUAAAGCUUUUGAUGCUCCAGCUUAUUUACCCUUGUUUAAUGACUGAUUGCUCAUAGCAGCAUCCACAAAACUGAGCUUUAAUAAUGAGCUGUAUGCAUUUGAAUAAUGUGA